AUGAACGACGAAACUCAAUUCACAGAAAAGGCGUUGACUGUUUUGACUUUGGCUCAGAAACUGGCCGAGGAUCAUCAGCAUCCACAACUACAACCUAUUCAUAUUCUAGCUGCCUUUAUCGAGACCCCCGAGGAUGGGUCGAUAUCAUAUCUGCAAAAUUUAAUCGAUAAGGCAAGAUACGAUUACGAUGCGUUCAAAAGAGUCGUAAAUAGGAAUUUGGUCAAAGUUCCACAACAACAUCCAGCACCCCAGCAGGUGACUCCAAGUUACGCUCUAGGACAGGUGCUACAGGAAGCAGUAAAGAUACAGAAGCAGCAGAAGGAUUCGUUCAUUGCUCAGGACCAUAUUCUUUUCGCGCUGUUCCAGGAUUCGUCCAUCCAGCAGAUAUUCAAAGAGGCGCAGGUGGACGUGGAGGCGAUCAAGCAACAGGCGCUCAUUUUGAGAGGUAACCAAAAGAUUGACUCUAGAGGUGCUGACACGAACACUCCUCUUGAGUUCUUAAGUAAAUAUGCCAUCGACAUGACGGAACAGGCCCGCGAGGGGAAACUGGAUCCUGUCAUUGGCCGUGAGGAGGAAAUCAGAUCCACCAUCAGGGUGCUGGCAAGAAGAAUAAAAUCUAACCCAUGUUUGAUUGGUGAACCAGGUAUUGGUAAGACCAGUAUUAUUGAAGGUAUUGCCGCGAGAAUUGUGGACAACGAUGUCCCCACCAUCUUGCAAGGGUGCAAACUGUUCUCACUGGAUUUGGCAUCCUUGACCGCGGGUGCCAAGUACAAGGGUGAUUUCGAAGAAAGAUUGAAGGGGGUUUUGAAGGAGGUUGAAGAAUCGAAGACUUUGAUCAUUCUCUUCAUCGAUGAAAUCCACAUGCUGAUGGGCAACGGUAAGGACGAUGCCGCUAAUAUUUUGAAGCCAGCGCUAUCGAGAGGUCACUUGAAGGUUAUUGGUGCCACUACAAACAACGAAUACAGAUCGAUCGUGGAAAAAGAUGGUGCAUUUGAGAGAAGAUUCCAGAAAAUCGAAGUACUAGAACCUACUAUCAGACAAACCGUGGCCAUCUUGAGAGGAUUGCAACAGAAAUAUGAGAUCCAUCACGGGGUAAGGAUCCUGGACAGUGCUCUCGUGACAGCCGCUCAAUUAGCGAAGCGUUACUUGCCCUACAGGAGAUUACCAGAUUCUGCUUUGGACCUGGUUGAUAUCUCGUGUGCAGGUGUCGCUGUGGCAAGAGACUCUAAACCCGAAGAAUUGGACUCCAAGGAACGUCAACUACAAUUGAUCGAGGUUGAAAUCAAGGCUCUAGAAAGAGACGUCGAUGCUGAUUCCACUACGAAGGAAAGAUUAAAGAAGGCUAGAAAGACAGAGGCCUCUUUAAAGGAGGAUUUGGAACCCUUGAUACAGCGUUACAACGAUGAAAGAAAGGGCCAUGAGGCAUUGACUGCCGCUAAAAAGAAGUUGGAGGAACUAGAAAACAAAGCCACCGAUGCAGAACGUAGAUACGAUACUGCGUCUGCCGCUGAUUUGAGAUACUUUGCCAUCCCAGAUAUCAAGAAGAAUAUUGCUCAAUUGGAGGAACAAGUUGCUGAUGAAGCAGCACGUGUCGGGAGCAACUCUAUGGUUUCCAAUGUUGUUGAUUCCGAGACGAUCUCUGAGACUGCUGCGCGGUUGACUGGUAUCCCAGUGAAGAAGCUUUCCGAAUCUGAAAACGAGAAAUUGAUCCACAUGGAGAAGGAGUUAUCCUCAGAAGUUGUGGGCCAAACGGAGGCCAUCAAAGCUGUCUCCAAUGCAGUGAGAUUAGCCAGAUCCGGUCUGGCGAACCCUAGACAGCCAGCAUCGUUCUUAUUCCUUGGGUUAUCCGGUAGUGGUAAGACUGAGUUAGCGAAAACGAUUGCCGGGUUCUUAUUCAACGAUAAGGAGAUGAUGAUCAGAGUUGAUUGUUCCGAGUUGAGUGAGAAAUACUCUGUGUCCAAAUUACUUGGUACCACCGCUGGGUACGUUGGUUACGACGAAGGUGGGUUUUUGACCAACCAGUUACAGUACAAGCCAUAUUCUGUCUUACUUUUCGAUGAGGUGGAGAAGGCACACCCAGACGUUUUAACUGUGAUGUUGCAAAUGCUUGACGACGGUAGGAUCACCUCGGGCCAAGGUAAGACGAUUGACUGUUCCAACUGUAUUAUAAUCAUGACCUCCAAUUUGGGUGCCCAGUUCAUCAACUCGCAGAAGGGUGCCAAGAUCACCGAUACGACCAAAGAUUUGGUCAUGUCUGCUGUGAAGGCACAUUUCAGACCUGAAUUCUUGAACAGAAUCUCAAGUACUGUCAUCUUCAACAAGUUAUCCCGUAAGGCGAUCCAUAAGAUCGUGGAUAUUCGUCUCCGGGAGAUCGAGGCCCGUUUCGAGGCGAACGACAAGCAUUACAAGCUAGACGUGACACCUGAGGCCAAAGAUUUCCUGGCCAAGUACGGUUACUCCGACGAUAUGGGUGCGAGACCAUUGAACAGGUUGAUCCAGAACGAGAUCUUGAACAAGCUGGCGAUGAGGAUCCUAAAGGGUGAGGUCCUCGAGAAGGAGACCGUGAAAGUGGUCAUGCACAAGGGCAAAGAGCGUGGCACGGGUUCCUCGGAGGCGGAAGAGGAGAGGCUGGAUGUCUUGGGUAAUCACAAGGCAACGAAGGGAGGCCCCCAGGAAAACUACGACGACGAAUACGAAAAGGAAGGCAUGGACAUAGAUCUCGACUGA